CAGUGUUGUUUACCAAUUUUCUCGCGCUCAAAAACUUUUUCUGGAGGUUCUCGUUUUCGGUUUUCCUUACUAACGUGUGCAGCAAUGUAAAUAAUACAGAAAUAGGUGUUUAAAAUCGUGUAUGACCAUCGAAAUAUUGUAAAAAGUAAUUUUUUAUAGCGUGAGAUUGAAAAAUGAAGAUGAUGUGUAACGUUGCAGUGAGUAAUAGGUUAGGUGCAGGUACUACCGCUAGAAGAAAACCUGCAAAGUCGUGCUUAUCAAUUGGAAAAGUAUCAUCACAAAAUGAUCAGCUGUAUAUUAUUUUGCAAACCCUUCAAAAUAAACAGGGCACAAAGUAUAAGGUUAAAGACAACAUAGAAAAAGUAUUUACGAAUUUCAUCGAAGAAGGAAAGAUGACAAUUCGGUUUAAAGAACCGCCACAUGAUCUUUUCGUGCAGUGCGAUGCGAUUCAAUUAAAAAGUUUCGCUCACAUUAUGAAGCUUGGGUUUACAAAUAAGCUUACUGCAUCUGUUUUAUCACUUGCUGAUUUAAAACCUAAGGCCGUGGCCAUUGCCUUUAAAACUAAAGUGAACAUUAAAACCCCCGAGAAUUAUCCAAUUCUUGAGGGAUUUCCAAGGACGACAAUAGAAUUAUUUCUCACGGGAUUAGGGCGCAGAUCCUUCGACCGAAAUAUUUUGAAACUACAAAAUCUAAGGAUACUAGAUUUGUCUGAUAAUCAAAUUACAAGUCUUCCUAAAGAAUUAGGAUCAUUGCCGAAUUUGCAAGAACUAAAUCUAGCCCAAAAUUUGAUCGGCAAAGCUCCCAAAUCAAAAUGGGCUUGGAUGGAUGGAGUUCAUAUAUCGAAAAAUUUGAAACUCUUGGAUUUAAGUUCUAACGAGAUGGCAGAAAUACCGGACAGACUUGGAAAGCUGAGUGCCUUAGUAACUUUGAAAGUGAAUACAAAUUCUUUGCAAUAUCUUCCACAAAGUCUGGGACGUUUAGAGGCUCUAAAGUUCUUGGAUGUAUCCAAGAACGAACUUCUCGUUCUUCCAGGGAGCAUUCGGAAUUUGAGACUAAGUAGUUUGAAUAUAGCGCAUAACAAUUUUGUCACAUCGAAUAAUUGUACUGUAGUCAAGUUGAGAAUUUCGAGUCUUCUCGAAACUGCUGCUCGAACAGUUUUAAAAUCAAGGAUGCAUUACGACGCAAGCAGCAUUCCAUUCACGCUCAUGACGUAUUUGGAGAAUACACAAUAUUGCGUUUGCGGAAAUGCUUGUUUCGAUAACUACAUACGAAAUCCUAUGUUACUUCCUCCAAAUAGGUGCGCUGAUUCUACUGUUUCUAGUGGAUAUUCGUCAAUUCCGCUCGAUUGUUACUUUUGCUCGCUUCGAUGUCACAGACGGUACUGUGGAUAAAUACGAGAUGCUUUUUUACAGAGGACUCAUUUAUUAUCCUGGAAUCUAAUACAUGGAUCAAGUGACCAGAUUUCUACCUUAAACAAUUUUUUACUUGUAAUUUACGUUCACACCAAAUGAGAUCAGGGUGGCCGCUGGACUGGGAAUUUUCUGAGACUGGGAAAAACCGGGAAAUGACAGUGAAUUUAUUUCUUGACCGGAAAUUUUACGAAUUUUAAGAAGAAACAUUUGCCCAAAUUUGAUUUCAAUAGUUUUGUAAAUAAUUAAAGUAUAAAAAAAC